UUCCGGUAUAUUAUAAGAGUUCUGUUCCGUGAGUUGGAGACGGCGUCAUACGUCAUCAUUAUUCGCGCUUACUCUUCCAAGGGUGUGGCGUAGGACGAAUCAUUCGUACACUCAUUUUCAUAAAAGGUCAUGAUGACGUUUUCUGAGAUUGGAUUGGUUGUCCCUGCUUAAAAUCAGACAAGAGUAUGGAUGUGUCAGCUGUGUGUCAGAUCGCGCAUAGCAGAUAGAACGCGGACGAAUAAAAAAAAAAAGAAAGCUAGCAGUAUUUAUCAGCAUCCAAACGUAAUCACCUCUUCCAUUAAAGUAUGCCAGGGGUUACAGACAUGUCGUUGGAUCAUAUGUUUUGCUCUCGCUGCAGAGAAGGCUUUGCCGCUCAUGAGAAAAUUGUUAAUUCACAUGGCGAGCUAUGGCAUCCGCAAUGUUUUGUAUGUGCACAGUGCUUCCGGCCAUUUCCAGAUGGAGUCUUUUAUGAGUUCGAAGGUUACAAAUAUUGCGAACAUGACUUUCAUGUUCUGUUUGCCCCAUGUUGUGGAAAGUGCGGUGAGUUUGUCAUUGGCCGUGUGAUCAAGGCGAUGAAUUCAAAUUGGCAUCCGCAAUGUUUCCGCUGUGAAGAGUGUAACGGUGAAUUGGCAGAUGCGGGAUUCAUCAAGUGUCAAGGCAGAGCAUUGUGUCAUACCUGCAAUGCCAGAGUAAAAGCUGGUGUGCUCGGAAAACAUAUAUGCCAUCAAUGCCACGGAGUGAUCGACGAUAAGCCUCUACGAUUCCGCGGUGAACUGUAUCACCCAUAUCAUUUCAAUUGUACGGCUUGCGGCGUGGAACUUAAUUCCGAAGCUAGAGAAGUUCGUUCGCGGCCCGGCUAUGCCGCCAACGAAAUGAACGAGCUGUAUUGUCUGCGAUGCCACGAUAAAAUGGGAAUUCCGAUUUGCGGUGCCUGUCGACGUCCCAUUGAGGAGCGUGUAGUGACAGCCCUCGGCAAGCAUUGGCACGUGGAGCAUUUUGUAUGCGCGAAAUGUGAGAAGCCCUUCCUAGGUCAUCGUCACUACGAGAAGAAAGGUCUCGCUUAUUGUGAGACUCAUUAUCAUCAGCUGUUUGGGAAUCUCUGCUUCGUUUGCAAUCAAGUUAUCGCUGGAGAUGUUUUUACGGCGCUGAACAAGGCGUGGUGUGUUCACCAUUUCGCAUGUGCAUUCUGCGAUCAGAAGAUGAAUCAAAAAACAAAAUUCUUCGAGUUUGAUCUGAAGCCAGCAUGCAAGAAGUGUUACGAUAAAUUUCCGCAAGAAUUGAAGAAACGGAUGCGACGUAUGUACGACUUGAAUCCCAAGAGAAUACCGGCAUAAAUAUGCAGAUCCAACAAUAUAUCUAUAGAUAUAACUAAUACUCGUUAUGUUUAGUGCCUUAUCCUUUAACGUCAAUGCAAAAAAAAAAUGUAUGUUAACCAUUUACUCCAAUAUUACCAGAUAUUAAUUUUUGUGCUAAUUAAGAUACUAUUAUCGAAAAUAUUUCUUGUACACUUAUACAAUAAAGAAAUUCAGAUAAUUAUGUAACAUUUAACGUA